AUGGCAAAAGACAAAGACAAAAAGAAACCGAAGAAACCCCCUCCGAAAAAGGACGCAAAGAAACAAGAAAGCAGCCGUAAAAACAAAAAGAAACCGUCUACCAACCCACUAAUAGUUGCUAUUGAAAGGAAUCUGCUGAAAAUAUGCUACUGUAUAGCCAUAAGCGAUCUGAUUCAUGCCCUGUAUUUUGCAGUGCAGGCCACAAUUCUGCUGGUUGUGCGCUUUCACAUCGUUUCAAGCCUCGCCUUGGCUGGCACAAUAUUCUGGGUUUUGGUGGUUAUCGUCCUGCUGGUGGGCCUGUGGAAGCGUCGUCCAGCGUUUGUCCGGGCGUGGAUACUAUUUUCUGGAGUGGGUUUCGUUAUGGACAUAUUAUUUCUGUUGUGGGGCAUAACAAGUUCCAUAACUGUGGACUGGGAUCACCUUACGGAGUUCACGAUCAUAUUUAUUGGCAUACUUGUGGAAUUUACCUGCAUUUAUUUCAUAUAUCGAUAUUAUUUGCUAAUGGAGGGUAGCGCGGGGUCGAAGGAAGCCGAAACGGGAUGUUGUAAAUCCGGGGGCAGUAAAAAAAGCACCGACAGGAAGACGAAGAGUGGAAGUGAAAAGAUGAAACCGGAUGACAAAAAGAAGGCAAAGGAGAAGAAAGCCAAGGAGAAGAAGAAGGCGCAGGACAAGAAGAAAGCCGACGCAAAAAAGAAAGCGGACGCAAAGAAGAAAGGGAAGAAAUGA